AUGUUUUUAGCAGCAUUAGAAAAUUACGUCAAAACUAAAAAGGCAAGAUCAACUAUACAAGGCUUCAUCAAUAACGAUGGAAACCACAUAGAGUCUUUUAUUGCAAAGUUCAAGCAAGUGUACAAGAAUAUCAUAGAAAAAUCAUACAAAAGUAAGGUCAAAGUAGAUAUGAAGAGAAUUUUUCAACAAUCAAAAUCUCAAACGAAAACAAUGGUGAAUGGAAGCAAAGUCCUGGACGAGGCUAUGAAUGCUUAUAAAAAAUUGAAUUCAUAUAUCAAAUCGUAUAAAGACAAAUCAAGAAAGCACGGAUUCAAUUUGCAAACCCAAGUUCACAAAGUGUUAGCAAGUCAAAACAUAAUAUUGCUCAAGGAAGAACAGGUGUGUCCAGAACUCGCCAAGCAUGUCGAUACCGAAUACCUCCUGAAUAAUAUCAGAGCGAAAGCAAUGACCAAAGAUGUCACAGUUGACAGCAUGAUGUACUUGUCACUAUGCACCUUAUUUCGAGAUGUCAACAACACAACCGACCGAACAAAGUUGAAGAUAGAAAUCAACCGACUAUUUGAAGUUGCCUCCAAAGAGGAUCGAAAUAUCAUCGAGAUAUUCGCUAAUUUGAUUAUCAAACUGCCCAACUUUGAACGACUUUCUCCUGCAGGAGAAAUGGAGUUGAUGGUGAAUUUUUUGAACCCAGCUCUUUCGCCUAUAUUUCAUUGCCCUGACAACAACAAGCAUCUCAUGUGGUUAAAUCGUAAAGAUGAAAAUACAGCGAUAUUCCGACCAGAUGCGACCACUGUUGGGAUCCAGCAAAAAGCAGAUACUGUUACUUUGGGAUAUGUAGAAGUGAAACCGCCAGACUUCGAAUCCAAUCCCGAGUUGGCAUUCAUGGAUUUGGUUCGUUUAGGCACAUUUUCUCGCCGUUUGAUGUUAAGGGAAAAUAACCGUAAGGUGAUUGUGGUUCAAUGCAUUGGUUAUCAAAUGGUGUUCUACUUAGUCUCAGCAUUCAUAGAAGAAAUCACGCAAUUGGCUGAGAUCUUGUCCAUCGAUGUACCUAAAGAAAUUGGCCGAAUUGGGUGCCUUCUACAAAAGGUAGACGACUUCAAGCGAUUAUUCUUUUUGUAUGAGCAUCAAAGAGAGACUCGGUACAAAAUCUCAAGAGCACUUGAGGAAGAAGAUGUUGCUCCACCAAUUGAUGCAAUCAAUCCCAAACGUCGCAAACAAAAAAUUCCUUCGUUCUCUUUGGUGUAA